AUGGCGCAGGAGUUCGGGGGGUGUGGUGAAACGACGUGGGCGCGAGACGAUGUUUCUGGGCGUGUUGGAGGGUGAGAGGAGUGUUUAGAAUAAUUGACAUUAAUUUAUAUGUUUAUAAACUGGUUUAACCUGAAGUUAUGUACUGUCAGGUUUUGUUUUGAAGGACAAAUGUCUGAACUAUUUUACUGCUGGGAAAGAUUUCAGAAGAGUCCGGACAACUUACUUAAAUGUUUUUAUUUUUAAACUUUAAAUAAACAGUUUGUGUCUUUUAUUUUCUACCUGGAAAAGUGUGAUGAGCUGCUUUAAAUAUUCUAACAUACAUGAAGAAUAGUCUGACAUUUGGUCUGACAUGAUUUGUGUUUUUGCAGACUGCACUGUUUAGUUUUGAGUGAACUGACCCUUUAAAGGAUCAUAUGAUCCUGAUCUCAGUGUGCGGAGUCAAGCUUAUUCAUCCUCUGAUUAAAACUUCUGGUAUGAUUGUUUUCUCCCUAAAGUUUCUGAGUUAAAGGUCACAGAGUAGUUGUUAAAAGAAAACCUCAACUAAAAAGUUCCUCCACAAACCAAAAUAUAACUGUUUCUGGUACUAAAACUUUUUUUUCACAUUUAUUUUUUCUUUUAAUAAAUUAAUAUUGAUUCCUUUUAUACCAUAAAAAUAAACAGAUCCAUUAGUAGGAAGUCUGUAAUUUUCUAUAUUUUUUAAAAAUUCCUUUUUAUGCCUUUUCUUUGAGCUCAGCAUGAGAGUUGGGUGAUCUCUGUCCUUUUAUGUCUUUUUAUGGUCCUUUUAUGAAAACAUUUUUGUUGUUUGUUUUAAUAUUAAAUUUUCAUUUGUCUGCAGGAAGAUGCAUGUGUCUGUGUGCAGACAGUCAGAUGGCCGCAUGCGCCUGGAGUUGUGCAAAGAGUGUAAACUUUACCACUGUCCUUUCUGCCAACCGUCCGUCUACAAGCCCAAAGGAGAAUAUGCGAAUGUUUGGACACAUGUAGAAAUCCACAGGAUGAGGGCCUUAAAACAUGGAGCUAAGAUUGAACACAUUAUUAAAUCAUAUGCUUCUCUGUUAUUAUAGAAAAUCUUCACCUUCAUGUUUUUUUAUUGCAGAGUACAGCAUCCAUGUGUGCCAACUGAAGUGCAGGAAGGAGAGACAUUAUCACUGUCCGUACUGUCAGAGGACCAUCAGUGCUCGGAAACUGUUUGAAAGUCAUAUGGACAAAUGUGCAAAGAUGCAGAAAUUACCUGGCAGUAAGGUUUUAGCUCAGCCUCCACCUUCAGCUCCUGCUCCUUUAGCUCCUCCACCUUCAGCUCCUGCUCUUUCUGCUCCUGCUCCCUCAGCUCUCAUGGCUGGCCGGCCUACCAUCUUCCUGGUCAACCUAGCUUCUCCUGUCAGUCUGGGACAGUUUCUUGCUACCCCUGGCCCUCCUCUACCACUAAAAUCCACAUCAGGUCCAUCCCCAGAUCCACCUCAAUCCUCUACCCAGUCUAAAUCCACACCAGACUUGCUCCUCGCACCGCCUGAACCUCCUGCUCAGCCAAAAUCCACAAGAAACCAUCUCUGUACCAUAUCUGAGCCUCCUGUUAUAUCAAAAUCCACACCAGAUCCAGGCCUGAGUCCUUCUUCAGUGGACCAGCUUGUUCAACCAAAAACUACAGCCAAUCAUCCUGCAGCUUUAUCACACCCCCCUACCUCUUCAGCGGUCCAUCCCUCCUCUUCAAUGGACAUCCCUGUGAAGCAGACAGGACCGAUUCUCCGUACACUGAGAAAAAUCAAAUGUCCGUUGUGUAACCUUCACUUAAAUAAAAAGAAUCUGAGAAUUCAUAAUCUGAGGAGACAUUUAAUCUCUGAGCGGGACAUAACAGCUGAACAUCAUCUGAAGAGUCAGUGUAUCGACUCGAAUAACGGGGUCUACGCUGUUGCAAAGGCUUUCAAGGCCACCGCCGUACCUCUGCAUGUCAUCAUAAAGAAAUCAGGCGGCGCUGACAUCAUGACGUGUGAAGAGGAUCGGUGCAAGUCCGUUUCAGGUUUCCGGAAGAGGAGCAGCUUAACUGAGGGUCAGUGUCCUCACCUGCGCUCGGUUGAUUUCUGCUCGACUCGAUCAAACACAGUAGAUCUGAAUCCAGAGGUGUUGGAGGAGCUGGUUGCCCAAAAAAUGAUCAGAAAGGACGUCGUCGCCAGGUGCCAUGAAUAUCGUGACCAAGCCUCUCAGAACAAAGCCCCGCUGGUGGCUCUUGUGGAUCUCGGUGGGAGUCACUGCCUGUAUUUGUCUGUGUUUGAGCCCCACAUGUCCGAGUGCUGCAGCUCAGGGAGAUUAUUUGUGACUUUCACUUUGAAGAGCAGGUCGUGGUCUUGUGUUUGUUCCAGAGGGAGGGUUCCCUGUUUGCACAGAAGCCUGGCUAAAUGGUUCCUCUUCCAAACAAACAGAGAGUUAUUCUCCUCUACCGCCAAAGAAGAUGCACCCUUGAACAUUUCUGAGCUGAUGACUAAAUUACCCGCAGAAACUGGACCUGAACCUGUCAGUCCACUAAAACAGACAGCAGAGUACAUUUACAAACAGAAGAAACUUCCCUCCAUGUUACCUGAAGAAAUAAACUUGUUUGAGUCAGAGACGAACUUUCAGAAGAAUUUGAUUCCUGCUGAAACAGUCUGUAAAGUCUGCCGAGGACAGGUGCGGCUAACUGAACCGGUUCUGAUCACCGACAGAGCGAGAGUGAUAUCUGAAACAGGAGUCACAGAAGGUUUGUGGACAUACACGCGUCUGUUUAACCUGAAGUUUCCCCCUGUGGGACUAUUAAAGGAACAUCUUGUCUCUUAUCUAAUUAACUUGGAUGAAACUGCUUUGACUGUUGUGUUGAAAGUCACUCAGGGAAAACUUCUUCUGUCCUCCAGAUAAUUCCACUUUUAUCAGAAAAUGUCCCGAGUGUCAGAUGGUCUACCGUUACCAGGAGUGGACUGAAGGUCUUCACAACUACAACAAUCUCACAAUACUAAGUCUGCAGCUGUGCAUGCUCCUUAGAAACUUCAUCAAGGUACUUUGUUAAAGGAGUGAAUCCUCUGUGGGUUCGUUUUUUUCCCAUGAUUCUCAGAGAUGUUCAUUUGUUUCUCAAAGAUCCACGCUGCUGAUGGUGGAGCGGAGGUCCUGAAACGGACAGAAGGCGUCCAGUCUCCUUAUGCCAUGGACGUGCUUCAGGGUUACAUCCACUUUGAAGUUCUGACAAAUCACGACCGUCACUCUGACGUCAUGAUGGAGCUUCAUCAGAAGGGGAUGUUCAACAUGGCAGGUGAGGAUUUCCUGUGAAGUUCCUCUGUGUGGGUUCAUGUUCCUGCAGGUAAACCCUGAGAAAAAAGGUGACAUUAAUGCUGGAUUAAUUUAUGGACAAUCAUCCUUAAAUAUUUCUGCAGGGAUUGAGAUUAAGGACCUGCCUGAAUCCUCUACUGGAGACGUGGAGAUGAAUUUAGAAGAUUUCUGGGAUAGGACCUGCUUGGAGAUUAUUCAGAGCAGCCUGGAGACUCGUAAGUUUAAUGAGGACUCAGACAAAUGAAGUAGAAGUGACAGGUGUCAUUAUCAGGUGGGUAAUAUUUUUCUGAUGUAGGGAGUCUUCUCCACGCUGCUGCCGUGGACGUUAACCUAAAAGACGCUUCAGUGUCUGCAGUCCCGACCGUCUUCACUCCGGCUCAAAGGAAGAGGUUCUCCAAACAAAGAGCGGAGGAGUGUCACAGAGCUGUGGCCAGAUUUCUAGUGAAAGGAUUACAUCCUGUGUCCACCGUGGAGUCUCCGUGGUUCAGGUGGGUUUCCUAAUCCUGGAUUUGGUUGCUCACGUGUGAUUGAACAUCCUCUGAUGUCUUUUCUUUCUUAGAGAGAUGACAGAACUGCUCAACCAAAAGUACCGCUUACCCUCCAGAGAUCAUCUCAUCAACACGCUGAUCCCUUCGUUGUUCUCUGCAGAGAAGAAAAGUGUCAUCAGAGAGCUGCAGCAGGUGUCCGAGGCCGCGCUCACCUGUGACCUGUGGACGAGUGUGACCCACGAUCAUUACAGGACUCUGUGUUUGCACUUUAUAAGAAACGGGCAGAUGGUGCAGAAGGUGCUGCGUACAAAGCAGGUGUUUGACCCUCAGAUGGACACGGUGGUGGCCGAGCAGAUCGGUGCUGUGCUGAAGGAGUUUGGUGUAGCGGGUAAAGUGGUUGCCAUGAGUUCAGGAAGCUGA